AUGCGCAUGAUUCGCCAGGAUGUGACGGCUCCAGCUUCAUCAUUAUUCAAUGUCCUUCCCAUAUCACGGAUCGGGCCAUGGCUCAAAGCCAUCAGUCUCAUUUGGCUUUUCACCAGUCUUGCUUCGAUAGCGACUGUGCAGGCCCAAAAUGCAGGGCAGAUUGCAGCCCUCAGAAAGGAAGCUGAGGACUUGUUCUAUCAUGGCUACGAAAACUAUAUGGCCCACGCAUUUCCGGAAGACGAAUUACGCCCGAUCUCUUGCAAACCCCUGACACGCGACCGAGAAAACCCGGCACAUAUCGAGGUCAAUGACCCUUUGGGGAACUACUCCCUGACGCUCAUCGAUAGCCUGUCCACGUUGGCAAUUCUAGCCUCUAACCCGUCCAAUCCGAAAGACAACAAACCUCUGCGACUCUUCCAGAGCGGUGUUCGCGACCUAGUUGAACAGUAUGGCGAUGGCACCGACGGGCCGUUAGGGCAGGGGCUAAGAGCGAAUGGGUUCGACCUGGACAGCAAGGUACAGGUUUUCGAGACAGCCAUCCGUGGUGUGGGCGGCCUGCUGAGUGCCCACUUGUUCGCUGUCGGAGAGCUACCUAUUCGCGGAUAUAAUCCUCCAGAAGAGCAGGCCUCUUACGCCAGGACAUGGAACAAGAAUCAGACAGUGGGAGACACCAAGGGCAUUGUGUGGUCCGAUGGAUUUGAAUACAACGGCCAGCUUUUACGGCUUGCGUAUGACCUCGGUAACAGACUGAUACCUGCUUUCUGGUCGCCCACCGGGAUACCUUAUCCACGGGUUAAUCUUCGACACGGAAUCCCCUUCUAUUUGAACUCCCCUGUCAAUGCUCAACAUGGGGAUAGUGAGACCGAAUCAUAUUCUCAUCCGCCUGAGAUCACUGAGACCUGCAGCGCAGGAGCUGGCAGCUUGGUUCUGGAGUUCACCGUGCUCAGCCGGCUUACCGGCGACUUUCGCUUCGAGGACCUCGCCAAGAGGGCGUUCUGGUCCAUCUGGGAGAGACGGAGCAGUAUCGAUCUAAUCGGAUCUGGGAUCGAUGCUGAGACAGGCAACUGGAUGGGAACAUGGACCGGAAUUGGCGCUGGGAUCGACAGCUUCUUUGAAUAUGCAUUGAAGUCACACAUUCUGCUUUCCAGAGAAGCCUAUCCCGUUACCGAUGAUCCAGUCAAUGUUGAAGAUCCGCGGGUUCUGUUUGAGCCACUAAGCCUUGCGGAGGACAGCUCGCUAUCCUUUCUUGACGCCUGGAACACCGCCCAUUCCGCCAUACAGAGACAUCUUUACCGUGGCGCGGACUACCAACAUCCUCAUUAUAUUCAAGCCGAUCUGAUUACCGGCGCCGCUCGAGGCUUCUGGAUUGAUGCAUUGAGUGCAUACUAUCCGGGUGUUCUCACUUUGGGAGGCCACAUAGAGGAAGCUCAGGAGACUCAUCUUCUGCAGACGGCUCUUUGGACAAGGUUUUCCGCAUUGCCUGAGCGGUGGAAUUUGAUCACGGGCGGGAUUGAGGGCGGUCUGGGCUGGUGGGUUGGCCGGCCUGAGUUCAUCGAGUCGACCUAUUAUCUCUAUCGCGCCACGGAAGAUCCGUGGUAUUUCCACGUCGGAGAAAUGGUGCUUCGAGACAUCAAGCGUCGGUGUUGGACCAGAUGUGGCUGGGCCAGCAUUCAGAACGUGCUGACAGGUGAGAAGACGGACAGGAUGGAGAGCUUCUUUCUGGGAGAGACUGCAAAAUAUCUCUUUCUCCUUUUCGACCCCACACAUCCUCUCAAUCAUUUGGACGAACCUUUUGUGUUUACGACCGAGGGCCAUCCGUUGAUCAUUCCCAAGGGUACCAACCAGCGGAGGAAUCAGAGCAGGCUCUGGAAUGCCCCGAUUGCGGAAGAGGGUAUCUGUCCUGUGAGACCGGAACCAUUGCCGUUCACGAUUUCCAACGUUGCUGCAAGGGGCGACGUGUACCAUGCCGCGAACCUUGCCAGACUUCAUCUCAUGCCCACCAGAGACAGUGUUGAAUCAGUCCUCGGUGAUUAUGCCGCAGACCAUCCCAGUAUAACAUUGUCCGAUAUCAGCUCACCAUCCAACUACACCUAUUUUCCCUGGACGCUCCCGCCUGAGUUGGUGCCGUUCAAUGCCACAACCUCUGUCACUCCCACCAAACCGACACUAGACAUAUCGUUCCCCGCAAUACCAAACCCGGGCCAACCGGCUCCACCCCUUCAGCGACUGAAAGAAGGCAUCCUCAUCAACUUCAUCGGCGGAUUGCGACUAAGCUUGAUCCAAGACACGCCUGUAUUGUACGACGAUGGGAUUUACGACGCAUUCCGCAUCCAAACAAUCAACAACAUCCCACUCGGCAAGGACGAGAAAGUGUUUCUAGCGCGUGACACCGGCAAAGAGAUCCUGAUCCCUGCAGAUCCCAACUUCACCCGCAUCCGCGAUCCAGUGAUGCUCGACGUCGUGGUUGACCUGGACGGGCCUCUAGAAGAAGAAGGACCAGACUCCCCAACACAAAACUCUUCCGAGGAGGCAUUCAUCAUUGAUAUACCUGACCUCGACUCCGCAACGGACGGAGCAAUGAAAGCUGCAUGGAAUGCCAUUGUCUCACAACUCUCCAGCCUCAUCAGAGACCGCCCGCAGCCUGCCUGGCCGUUCGCGACCCCGUUCGCUCUCAACAACCCAACAACAUCCUCAACGCAACGAACUCUGUCUCCAUCGACGGGACGUAUCCCACGCUAUCAUCUCGCUGCAGUCACCCCCUCUGGGCCCGGUGCAGCUCCUUUACCGGACUGGCCUGAGGUAGCGACCAUAACGACCCCAGGCGCACAGAUCUCACCGCUCCCGUGGACCAAGGUCUACGCCACAGACGAGCUGUGCGACCAUAAACUCCCCCUGAGCGUGGCCCGAACUCAUCAAAUCCUUGUCGUCAAGAGAGGCGGGUGUAACUUCAGCCGCAAACUGCAGAACAUCCCUUCCUAUUCGCCGUCGGCGCAGUCGUUGCAACUCGUCAUUGUUGUGUCGUACGGGAACGGCCACGCCGCGGAUGUCAAUCUCGGUGGUGAACACCAGGAUGGCAUGGGCGUGGAGGGCGACGAGGAUGCUUUGAUCAGACCGUUCCUCGACCAGCCGCAGCUUACGCCGGCGGGGCUUCCGCGCCGCAAUCCCGUGCCUAUGGUCAUGGUCGGCGGGGGUAAGAAGGUAUAUGAUGCGCUGAGGAGGAAGGCUGUCGGCGUUGGUGUGAAGAGACGGUAUCAUGUUGAGACUAGGGGUGUGCGGAUCGCUAAUUUGAACAUCGUGUAG